AUGCUUGGUUUUGAUGUGACCGCGCUGUUCUUUCUGGCAUGGAUCUUGCCAGCCAGUAGUAGUGUUGAUUUGACUGCGACUCCUGGUGCGGCUGGACCCGAGGUUGUAGAGGCGACGGUCCAGCGUAUCCUUCUGUCUGAUAUCUUCACCGAUGAUUUCGAUCUGCUUCGCCGUAUUGCUUUGGUAGAGACAUCAGAUGGGACGGACCCAGUGAAGUUUGCCGAUGGGUUAGCAGGUGGUAUAUGGAGGCUCAGGAAAGAUGCAUUUAUCAGAACGAAGGAAUUGUAUCUGUCACCAGAAGAUUGGGGGAGCUACUACUGGAAUAUCCAGGAAAGUGGCUUCAAAAUCGACUGGCGUGCCAUCACCUACGAAGACCUACAAGUACCUUAUAUAUCAGCACUUGCCGCCCGGAUAUACGUCAUGAUGACGUCAGAGCACCCGGACAGUGUUCCGUACGAUCUGGUAGACCAGAUGGUGUUCUGGAAAACAAAUUACAAUCACAACGGGAACGCAACGCAGUUUGUAGAGAAAGUACGAGAGUUUCAGGAUACGCAGAUUUGUAUAAUUGGUGUUGAUGUGGUCUUUAUGUUGGAUGCUUCUCUGUCGGUUGGAGAGGAGGGAUUUGCUCGCAGUAAGUCAUUCGUCAGGCAGGUUGUUGAAGCAUUUAACAUCGGGCCAAAUGAUGAUCAGACUAGUGUCGGAUGCCUGCAGUUUUCCCACGAGGUCACCGUGGCCUUUGACCUUGGUGACCAUGACAACAAAGAAGACAUCUUAAAAGCUGUGGAUGACAUCAGUUAUUCUGGAGGAGGUACGGCUCUUGGGAAAGUUAUUGAUUUUAUCCGGCAGUCGAGUUUCACUGAAGAGCAUGGUGCCAGACGACUUGAGUAUGCAGUACCGCGCAUUGCUAUUAUCGUCACGGACGGCAAGACUAAUAAAGAGUUUCCAGUCCUGUAUCCAUCCGCGUUGGCUCACAGUGCCGGCAUCAUGAUGUACUGUAUCGGUGUUGGUGAUGCGAAUGAAGAGGAGUUAUCCAUUAUAGCAAGUAGACCAGCUUCAUCUCAUGUUCUGCACGUACGAGACUACCAAGCUAUCGAGUACCUCAGGAACAUUGUAGCGUCACGGACGUGUAAAGAAAGCACUUCUGUAGCUGUCGGCCAACCAAUUCUGACGGAUUUAGAAGAUGGUGAAGCGCGUUUCGUCUCCUAUCAGAUAGAUGCGGAAGAGGGCGCUACGCUGAAGUUCAUGACGUCAUCUGGUCUGGUCACCAUCUAUCUGUCAUCUAAGGUACCGAACCCAAACGAAGCCGUGCAUGAUUACAAACUCGAGACUGAUGGAAGAACUGAUGUCUUCAUCGACCCGGGAAUGCUAGGGUUUGGUAACCAUACCAUCUCAAGCCGUAGAAAGCGCUCACCAUCGUCACAAGUGACGCUCUUUACGGCCAUCUACGCACACGGCAACGGCACGCAGUUGCAUGUCGAGUCGUCCACGGGGAAUACUGCCGAUCCUGGCUUCCCACCAGCCCCACUGUCGCCGACUACAGAAGUGUUAGACCCGGGGGACAGUGGGCAGGCUGCCCCGCAGCUUGGCGAUGUUCCAUCCUUCGCAACCAAACCUUCAAGUAUGACUGGGGCGCUGUCACUUUUCUUUGCAGUUGUUUGUGUUGCUGUAGUCAAUUUGAAAUUCUAUUGAAACAUCAUGAAUCAACCUUUAUUUUCAAUAGAACUGGCAUGACUUUCUUGGGAUUUCAAUUUCAAAAGAGCUAACUUCUAGCCUGUCUUCUAUUUUACGUAACUCUUCAGGCCAACGUGAUAAGAGCUUUUAAAGGCAGUGGACACUCGUGGUAAUUGUCAAAGACUAGUCU